AAGAAAAGAAACAAAAAACAAGAAACAAAAACAAAGAUCGUAAACAAUGUUUUAGUGAACUGCAGAAUAAAAUAAACAAACAAGCAAACAAACAAGUAGAACUUAAUAAUAACAACAACAAUUAACAAAAACAUCAAAUCGACGUUAGACAAGUGUUGUUGUCUCUCUCCCACAUGUUUAAUUUGUUGAUGCCAUGCAAUUGAUUGUUGACAAAAUUCCCAUGUAUUCCAAACAAACAACGAAGCGCAAUUCCAAAAAGAAAAAUGAUGAAAUGAACCAGCAGGCGGGCUCCUCAAGGGCGCCAGCCACAGGGGGCCAAAUCUCACCGCCAGGUGGCAGUAGUACAAGUAACAGUAACAACAACAAUAACAACAGCAACGCCAGCAGCAACAUCAUUAACAACAACACCAACAAUUUGGAUCUGCAACAGCAGCAACAGUUUUACAAUCAACAGCAGCAACAACAAUACCAACAGCAACAACAACGCGAAAGUUUUUUGGCCUAUCAGCAACAGCAGCAACAUCAGCAACAACAGCAACAUCAGCAACAGCGAUCUGUUGUUGGUGGCGGAGGCGGCGGCGGUGGUGGCAAUUUUAUGCUAGGCAAUGAGCUCUCUGGUGUCAUCGGCGGCGAUAGCCUACGCAGCCUAAAUAAUACCUUUGGUCCCAAUUCGGAAUUUACAUCGCUCAGUGGCAAUAGCUCAUCGAGUUCAUUGGGCGGUCUAAGUAGCUCAUCGAGCAGUCAAAGUGCUCAGAGUAUUGGUGUUUAUCCUAAUAUGGUGACAGCCAAUCAACAGCAGCAGCAACAGCAACAACAACAACAACAACAGCAACAUUCACAGCAACAACAUCAUCAACUCCAUCAUCAACAGCAGCAACAGCAACAGCACAUGUCCAAUAUGGAUGCAAUGGGUGGUUAUAGUCAGAUGAGCGGCGGUGGCAUGCAUCCUGGAGCCAAUGGUGGCAUGAUGGGCAAUGGCAAUGCCCAAUAUAUGAAUGGUGGUGGCAGUCAAACAGGCGGCGGCGUCUAUAAUCCAGGUCAAGGCGGUGUCGGCAACGGCAUGGGCAUGACCGGCAUGGGCAUGGGCAUGGGUUAUGGUGGCGGCGGCAUAGGCGGUGGACCACAAAGGCAUCAUCAAAUGACGCCAAUGAAUCAAAUGCAAAACAUGUCAAUGGGUCCUGGCGGUGUUGGUGGCGUCGGCGUCGGCGUCGGCGUUGGCGGCGGGAUGCCUGGCAGCAUGAAUCCGAUGGCCAAAAUGCAGGGCAUGGCCAAUGGAGGUUAUCAUCCACAGCAACAGCAAAUGCCACCUCAACAUCAGCAGCAGCAGCGACGCAUGGCCCCGUAUCCGCAUCCGCAAAUGCAUAUGGCCCAGAAGAGGGCUGGAGCUGGCGGAGCCGGCGGCAUGUAUCCGAAUCCUGUGCAGCAGCAGCAAAUGCAGCAGCAACAACAGCAAGCGCCGCAAAUGUAUGGCGGCGGACAGCAAAUGCAUCCCGGUGCUGGCGCUGGCAUGGGUGGAGUAGGAGCCGGUGGUGUCCCCUUGCCCAUGCAGGCCGGCAGUAAUGGUGGCUAUGGCCGUGCCGGCGGUCCCAUGGGUCCCAAUGCGGGCAACGGCGCCGGAGGCUAUGGACGUACAGGAAUGGGCCCGAACGGUGGGCCAAUUAUGGGACCAAUGGGUCCAAAUCCGAAUGCCGGACCAGGCUGCAUGAGCCAACAGCAACGCUUCAUGCCUCAGGGUGGAGGCGGCGGUGUCGGUGGUCCCGGCAUGGGAUACGCUGGCGUUGGUGGCAAUGGCGGACAAUUCUAUCCCGGCGGCCUUGGUAUGCCGCCACAGGGUGGUGUUGGUGGCGUUGGCGGUGUCGGCGGCGUCGGUGGCAUGUGCCCGGCUGGACCGGGUGUAGGUGGUGGUGGCGGCGGCCCUGGCGGUCCUGGUGGUAUUGGUGGCAUUGUAUCCACAGCCACUGGAGCCAGCGGUGGCAAUCAUCCGUAUCAGAAUCAAGGUUUCCAACAAAACUAUCAGCACAGUCCAGUUCCUGGUAAUCCAACGCCGCCGCUAACACCAGCCUGCAGUGUGCCCUAUGUUAGCCCCAAUCCGGACAUUAAGCCGCCAAUGGAUAACAGCGAAGAAAUGAGACUGACAUUCCCAGUGAGGGAUGGCAUCAUAUUGGCACCCUUCCGUCUGCUUCACAAUCUCUCAGUGAGCAAUCAUGUGUUCCAUUUGAAGCAAAAUGUCUACAACACGUUAAUGUGCCGAACCGAUCUGGAGCUGCAAUUGAAAUGCUUCCAUCAGGAUGAUCGCCAAAUGAAUACAAAUUGGCCGCACACAGUUACUGUCUCCGCCAAUGCCACACCGCUCAACAUUGAGCGAUCCGAGAAGAAUAGCACUGCAUUGCGUCCAUUGUAUUUGAAGGCUGUUUGCCAGCCCGGACGUAAUACCCUUCAACUGACCGCCAGUUCCUGUUGUUGUUCCCAUCUGUUUGUGCUGCAACUAGUCCAUCGGCCAUCGGUGCGUCAGGUACUGCAGACGCUGCAUAAGAGGAAUCUAUUACCCCUGGAGCACAGUGUGCAGAAGAUUAAGCGUAAUCUUAGCAUGCCCACUGAGGCGACCACAACGGCGGCAACAUCGGGCAAUGGAACAGAGAGCACACAACAGCAGCAGCAGCAGCAACAACAACAGUGCGCAAAGAUCUCAUUGAAGUGUCCGAUAACGAAAUCUCGAAUAAGGCUUCCUGCACGUGGACACGAAUGCAAGCAUGUCCAAUGCUUUGAUCUGGAGGCCUAUCUGAUGAUCAAUAGCGAACGGGGCUCAUGGCGUUGUCCCGAAUGCAGCAAAUCGGCCAUUACAGAUACCUUGGAGAUCGAUCAAUAUAUCUGGGCCAUUUUAAAUACCCUUAGCAAUUCGGAUGUGGAUGAGGUGAUCAUUGAUUCAUCGGCCAAUUGGCGUGCCUUGCAGCACAAUGGUGGCAUGCCCAAUGCUCCAAAUGCUCCUGCCCAAGCGACAUCUGUCACCAAUAAUACCGUUGGAGGCGGCGGCGGCGGCGGCGGUCCUACUAGUUUGCCAGCCAUCAAACAAGAAUUAUGCGAUGAUAUUGCCAAGGUCAUGUCACCGGGAUCCACCCAAUUGCCCACUUGGGACAACUCGCAGGCGAUGAGUCCUUAUAAUAUGCAUGAUAUGAACUCCAUAGCCAAUGGCAAUAUGAUGGCCAAUGGACAACAAAUGAGCAAUCGCAGCAGCUUUGAUAACUUCAGCGGCGCUGGCGGUGGUGGAGGAGCAGGUGGUGCCGGUGGCAAUCAUAACGAUGUCACUGGUGGCGAUGCCAGCAGUGGUGUUGUCAACUCUCUGGAUCAACUAAAUGCCAUGGAGAAAUCACUUAGUGAUCAGAUGCCACAUACACCCCAUACACCUGGUGCCAGCCAUCCUAUGACUCCAGGCGGACCACCUAGUGUCAGUUCGGCACACAAUGAGCCCAUUGGUAGCAGCAACAGCGCCGGUAAUGGAGGAGGCAACAACAACAACAACGGCAGUGGCACUCCAAACAACAACAACAACAAUAAUGGCAACAACACGGGCCACAGUUCCCCCCAAACGCCUGGCACACCCAAUCGUCUGGGCAACAGCAGCAGCAACAGCCUCUCCACGGCCGACAACCAGCAGCAACAGCAACAGGAGCAAUUGCUCAACUCUCUGAUGAGCGGCACUGGCAGCAAUCAGACGCAACUGAAAUUCACCGAAAGUGAUCUCAGUGCCGAAUUGCAGAGUUUCGAAUCGGCUGUCAAUGAUACGACACAUGAUUUGAAUUUGCUAAAUGAUGUGGAUCCCAUGGAAAUUUUAUCGUAUUUGGAGCCACAGCCGGAUCUAAAUACGCCACCCUCCAGCGGCAGCAGCAGCAACAACAAUGCCAGCGACGAUCUGUUGGCCACGUUGUUUGAUUAAGCAACAACAGAAAGAAAGAAAAGCAAAAACAAAACAAGAAACAUGCAAAAAGAA